AAAGAAGCGCAUCACAUUUGAACAUCGAUUGUGAUCAGCUGAUUUAUUUUGCAAAUGUAUUUUUACAAAAACAAUUCUCUAUUUGAAACUAAUUAUGUAGAAUUAAUUUGAAUAUGCGUGAGUUCGGAAAAUUUGGUCCUUUAAUUGGCGCCAUCGAUGAAGGAACUUCAAACGUAAAAUUUCUGAUAUUCGCAGCAAAUACUUCGGAAGUUCUCACAUAUCACCAAGUCACGUUAAAAAGAUUCAGCCCGCAGGAAGGGUGGGUAGAGCAAGAUGCUUUAGAAAUUCUAAAUGCUGUCAUAGAAUGUAUAGAGGUAACAGCCGACAAUCUACGAAAGCUCGACAUUAACCCAGAGGAUGUUGUUGGAAUCGGCAUCACAAAUCAAAGAGAAACCACCAUAGCCUGGAACUCAGUAACAGGACAACCACUUUAUAGUGCCAUAGUUUGGUUAGAUGUAAGAACUUCAAAGAUUGUUGAUGAAUUAACCAAAACGAAGGGAGCACAGUGCGUGCAUGCUGUCACUCAAACCAGUGGGCUUCCGUUAUCAACAUAUUUCUCAUCUGUUAAGUUAAAAUGGCUGUUACAAAAUGUGACCGCUGUAAAAGAAGCAGUGGAUGUGGGGGAGUGUAUGGCAGGCACUGUGGACUCCUGGUUGAUAUGGAACCUUACAGGAGGUGUUCAUGGUGGCAUUCAUGCUACAGAUGUGACCAAUGCUUCCCGAACACAACUCAUGUCACUUAGAAGCUUACAAUGGGAUAAGUCACUGUUACGGUUCUUUAACAUACCACCACAAAUUUUACCAAAGAUAAAAAGUUCUGCUGAAAUAUAUGGAUAUAUUUCAUCGGGACCUCUCCUAGGUGUGCCUAUUGCUGGGUGUCUUGGAGAUCAGCAAGCAGCUCUAGUCGGCCAAGGUUGUAUGAGAUUUGGACAAGUUAAAUGUACUUUCGGCACUGGAUGUUUUCUUUUAUACAACACAGGCGAUUCCAUAGUUCAUUCACAAAAUGGACUACUAACGACAGUCGCUUAUAAGCUCGGCCCUGAUGCACCCCCUGUGUACGCUUUAGAAGGAUCGGUAGCCAUUGCAGGAGACACAUUACAAUGGCUACAACAGGGCUUAGAAAUAAUGAACGAUGUGUCGGACACGGAAGCCCAAGCGGGUUCAGUAGAUGACGAAGAAGACGGAAGCAUUUGUUUCGUUCCAGCAUUUAAUGGCCUAUAUUCGCCGCAUUGGAGAAAAGAUGCCAGAGGUUCAUUGGUUUCCAGAGUAAUGUGCGGUUUGACCAGCAAAACCCGGCGGGAACAUAUAGUGCGGGCUGCAUUGGAGGCGGUUUGCCACCAAACACAAUCGGUGACCACAGCGAUGGCUGCGGACUGCGCGCCGUUGCACCGCUUGCUUGCUGACGGUGGCAUGGCGCAGAACACUUUGUUUAUGCAAAUGCAAGCCGAUAUUCUUGGGAUUCCUGUGAUCCGUCCUUUGAUGAUGGAGAGCACAUCUUUGGGAGUAGCGAUAGUGGCAGGGCGGGCGCUGCGGGUGUGGCCAACCUCGACUCCUAGUCCGCCAGCUGAUACGUUCAUACCAGCUAUGACCAGCGAAGAACGUGAGAUUCGGCGAGUCAGAUGGGAAACGGCGCUCGAAAAAUGCAUGGGCUGGGUAACUGAUAGCUCCCAGGCUUGUGAAGUGGAACCUCUAGUCGAAGAGCCAGAUAGAACAACUGCAGUCCUACCUCCUGGACUAUUUUUUAUAGGUACUGCGCUUCUAAUGAUAAUAGCAGAUAAACUUAAAUCCCUUUAGUCAUUGCGAGCUCAAAUGAGUAGUGAUUAGAUUAUAUCAAUACCUCCAUUACUUAGACUGUACAAAAGAGUAUUAACUUAUUCUUACAAUUUUAUGCAAUUGUUGAUUUUUUGUUGUCAUAAUAAAUGUUAUAGACCUUUAAA